AUGGGUUUAUGUCUGAACGCCAAGUUCCACAAUUUUCAACUCAAGUUGGUAUUGAAAAUACUACAAUUGAAAAAGAACAAAGGCGUUUUGUUAAAAAAACUUCGAGAGGUAUUCACAAGGGAAGAGGAUACACUUCUUAUGCAAUCAUGGCUCAAUGUUUCAAAGGAUCCAAUUGUGGGAGUUGAUCAAAAAGUCGAUAGCUUUUGGUUAAGAAUCAUCGCUAAUUAUAACCAAUAUUGUUGGCAGUCACGAGAAAAGCUACAAGGUCAAUUAAAAUCUCGAUGGCAUCGGAUAAAUGAUUGUGUUCAAAAAUUUGUUGGGUGUUACAAACAAGUUGUUCAUGGAAAAAAAAGUGGGGCAUCAGAGAAAGAUAUCUUAGUCAAUAUGCAUGCUUUUUAUGAACAAGAUGAAGGUGCACCAUUCAAUCUUGAGUAUGCAUGGCGGUUUUUAAAAGAUGAACCUAAAUGUAUGGGAGCAUUCACCGAAAAUUCUUCAAAGAGAACAAAGAAUUCUGUUAGUGGUUCAUACACGACAUCGCCAAACUCAGAGACACCUUCAAGUUAUGAUUUUAACUCAUCAUCUCCAAUGGAGCGUCCAAUGGGACAAAAGGCGGCAAAACGAAAAGGUAAGGCAAAGGAAAAUGUAAAUGCAACUGAACCUCUUUCUAGUGUUAUUUCCGAUACAAUGAAUAAAAGAAUGAAAGUAAUGGAAAAUCUAGCACGACUUAAGGAGGAAAAAAACAAAUUAGUCAAGGAAAAGAUGGAGUUUGAAGCAAUGCAAUUCAUAAUGUCAGACACUUCUAAGAUGAAUGAUAGUCAACGUGAAUUUCAUGAAAAACAUUGUAAUAACCUAAAAGAAAAAUAUGGAUGGUAA